AUGAAGUAUGCUCUAUUUGAGUUCACCGAGGACGAUAGUGUGGAAGUGGGAGACGUUAGUUGUAUACAAGAUAUCGACAAGUACGAGAAAGACCUCAAUGAUGUCGUCAAUAAAAAUGUGAUGGUUAAGUGGCCGACAUCCACCAGCGGAACAAAGUUUGGUUCAUAUGAAGCAACUGUCGUCGCUGUUAAUGAUUCCAAACUCAAGCUUAUCGAUAAGCGGAACAAGCUUGUCAAAGGGGAAUCAAUAGUUACAGAUAUUGAAUCAGCUGGUAGGGAAAAGCGAAAGAAAUACCCCUCAACUAGGAUCACAAGCAUGAGGAGGGUAUCAUCAAUAUCCUCAAGCGACUCUGAGUCGGAAAGUUCUGAAGAAGAGACAACACAGAAGGCCAAGAAAAAAAGGAAUGCAAAUAAUGUGACAGACAAGAAGAAUAAUAUGUCAGUGCAGCAAGGGACAAGUCUUGCUAGAGAACUGCGACAGCAGUUGCAGACCAAAUCAAACGAAAUUGAGCAAGCUGCUGAGAUGUCAUCUGAUGAUCGAGACAACAUACCUGCAACUGCGCGUCUUCAAGAUGAGAUGGCAAAAAACAGGGAACAACAACAGAGCAUUGCGCAUCUCAAAAUCCAAAUAAAGAAAGAGAGAGAUGAGAAAGAGAGGCUGAGGAGUCAGUUGUUGUUUCUCGAAGGUGUUCCAGACUUCAUAAAGACCUUCAAGCAUUUCAUUGGAGAAAUGAAGGGAAACAGGCCAAAGGGAAAUCGCAAACUUCCUGCAGCAGAGGUUGCAUCAGAUGUUGUUGUGGUGCAUGAAGCUUUCCCACCAGUGGAUCAUGAACAAGAUGAAGAGGAAGUUGAACUGAGCUCCAAUGUUCAAGUAAAAAAGAAGCUGUUGUUGCGAUGCAACUCUUCCGAUCCCCGCAAGCUUACAAGUGACUUGAUGGUGCUCCUGUUCGGCAGAGAGGUGCUUGCCUCACACUCACUGACUGGAGGCAAGAACACCAAAGGGUUUGCAAAGCCAGCCUUGAGCAAAACCAAGGUUGAAGCCAUAAUAGCAUAUGUCACCACCAAGUUUCAGGAUGCCACCCCAGACAUGCUGAAGCUUGUGAUGACCAACAAGCUCAGCAAUGAGAGCAAGCUACAAAGGCGGAAGGAGGUUGCACCUGCCCCUGCACAUCCAGACCAAGAAUGAUGACAAGUAUUAUUAGAUUGUGUCCCUGAUUUUUGUUUUACUGUCUGAAAUGUAGCGUUAUGGACAUGACAAUUUUGUCCACAUUUUGUUUUUCUCAAUUUCCCCCUCUUUAAAGCAUCAUCUUGACAUUUCUAGACCAGAAUGAGAUAACUGACUCCUAGAUGAUUAUGAGGUGAGGUUGUUCCCUCAUAGUCAUAGAUGAUUGUGUACAAUUUCCUACCCGGUUUUUUGCUGUCCCCUAUAUGUGUAGACCUACCGUUCUUGUUCGCCGUCAGACUUCGCUAAAAUUGGGCUCUAUGUGUUCCUUGGACUCCAAAUGAGUGUGGGGCAGUUCCCAAAAUUUCAAUCCGCGAACUAAUAGUUUCUAAAAAAGAGAAAAUUCCAGCAACACUGCAGAAAUCAAAACGGCAGCGAUGUUUUGAACAAGUACGAUGUGUGCCGCGUGACAUGCAGGGACCAUGCAGCAAUGCUGUGCACGGUCAAUGCGUGGCAGUACCAGUUCGAUUGUUUUUGUUACGACUGUUUGGUGAGUUUGAUUUUGAACGAAUUUUCCUGCGACUGUUUGCUGCUAGUUCCCUCUUUAAAAAGCAGUGAGAGAUCGGGUCAUUAUCUAUUUUGGUCAAUUUUUGUCAGACUCGUUCUCAGAUUUGUCACUUUUUUUCCAUUUUCCAAAAUCAUGACACAUUCUAAAACAACAUGGUUUUGAUCUGUAUCGUAUGAAGAAUUAAUUUAGAGCACUGAAAACGACAUCAAGAAAAUAUUUCCAAGGUAUUUAUUAUUGUGUAUAAUUUACUUCAAUAUACUUGAAAGUUCGAUGUAAAUAAAUGUGUUGUUUUACACUGUAAUCUUAA